GGGUUCUCCUUCAAUUUAUAUAUAAACACCUGUAGAGUGAAGACAUUCGUGACUCUUAAAAGAAAUUAACCAUGGCAAAGAGUGAUGCCGAAGUGAAAGUUUUGGGCACAUGGGCGAGUCCAUUCGUGAUGAGGGUAAGGAUUGCCCUGAACAUCAAGUCUGUGGCCUAUGAAUUUCUUCAGGAGAGGUUAUGGGAAGGCAAAAGCGAGCUUCUCCUCAAAUCAAACCCAGUUCACAGAAAGGUCCCUGUCCUCAUUCAUGGUGAUGACACCAUCUGUGAGUCUCUCAUUAUUGUCCAAUACAUCGAUGAGGUUUGGCCUUCUGCUCCCAUUCUUCCUUCUGAUCCCCAUGAACGUGCCACCGCUCGUUUUUGGGCUGCUUAUCUUGACGACAAGUGGUUCCCUUCCUUGAGAGCUAUUGGUAUGGCUGAAGGAGAGGAUGCAAGGAAAGCAGCCAUAGGGCAAGUGGAGGAAGGGCUGAUGCUGUUAGAGGAGGCAUUUGGCAAAUGCAGCCAAGGGCAGGCAUUCUUUGGGAAGGAUCAAAUCGGAUAUCUUGACAUAACAUUUGGGUGCUUUUUGGGGUGGCUAAGAGUGACAGAGAAGAUGAGUGGGAUCAAGCUGCUUAAUGAAAUCAACACUCCUGCUCUGCUUAAAUGGGCUAACAGAUUCUGCAAUGAUGCCGCCGUGAAAGAUGUCAUGCCUGAGACCGAAAAGCUUGCGGAGUUUGGAAAGAUGCUUAGGGGCAGAGUGAGAGCCACUCCCACAUCUUGAAUUGCCAAAGGGAGCCAUAUUUCUUGGCUCUUGACCAUAUUUUACAUGCAAUUGUCUCCUUUCCGGUUUUUCUAAAUAAAAGUAUGGCAUUUUUACCCCAAUAAUACAAAAUAAUAAUAACAAUAACUCAAGCGAUAUACCCAUGAGAUUAGUUAUCAAAAUGGUACGUUUGUUAUAGUGUUCUGCCAAUACGCCUAACCAAUUAGCGGCACUAAACUGAACUCUGAUGAUCUAAAAUAUUAGACUUGAUAUGUAAAUUCCCCAUUUUAAUUGAAAAGCUAUAAGGGUGUGGCCUAUAAGUGUGGCGGCAUCAAACUUUAAAUAGGAUAAAUUACUUCACAAAUCAUUCUUGUUUAUUAUUUCUUUUUAUUUCCCUUCAACACUAAAAAUAGAGAGGUCGCUUACCAAUUAGUCCAAAAAGUUUUUUCUACCAAAAUGUAUUCCAACUAGGAAUAAAUUUUAUUUAUUUUUCAAAAAUAAAAUUUUUGUUCAAAUAAAUUUUGUUGUAAAAUCAUUUUUGAAAAUUUAUUCCAACUGGAAUAAAAUAAUUUGAAAAAAAUUAUUUUUGAAAAUAUAAAUAAAAUUUAUUUCAGUUGGAAUUGGAUUUUUUACUAAAAUACUAUUUGGUAAAAUUUUUUUUUGCACUAAUUGGUGAGAGGCCUCUCUAUUUUUUGUGUUGAAGGGGAAUAAAAGAAAAUAAUAAAUAAUGAGGGUUUAUGAAUCAAUUUACCCUAUUUAAAGUUUGGUGCCGCCACACUGUCAAGUGGCACCCUAAAAGUUUUUUUUCAAUAGCCAAUCAAAAUAGGAAAUUUAUAUAUUAGGUCCUUGAAUAUUUUAGGUCAUCACAUUUGAGUCUAGUGUUGCCAAUUUGUCAAGCCACACUGGAAGAACACUGUAUCAAAGAUACCAUUUUGAUAAAUAAUCUCAUGGACAUACCAUUUGAGUUAUUAAUUUGUUUUUGUAGUAUUGGUGUAAAAAAGCCUACAAGUAUGCAAGUUAGCUUUAGCAAUUUGAACAGAAAAUGCCCAAACAUUUUUGCUUGGAUUAAUGUCAUUAAUCACCAUUUAAGUUUAUCAAA